AUGCCUCGCAAGAAGAUCGUCCCCAUCGACCAGAGUGCGCCUGCUGCUACGCCAUCCACACGUCGCCUCGGCUCAUCCGCAGCACCUGAACGACCGCCUUCACCAGCAUCUUCCCUCGGCCCGCUUUCAUCGCCACACAAACCGCCACCCGGCCAGCGCUCAAAACAGCCCAACAGCAACGCUGCCUCCGCUAUGCCUGCACGCCUACCAUCCCCAACCCUCUCCGAGAUCUCAACAUCAGCAUCCGAAGGCGGUCAAGAUGGCGCACCCUCUACAAAUCAGCAACGCUUGCGAUCCGCCUCCCCCGAGGGAGACGAGCUUGCUGACGAGUCUGUUAGAGAACCUCUCGCCAACAACGACGCCCAAGUAACAUGUCAGUGGAACGACUGCGGAGAGACAUUCAACAGUCUACAGCCCUUUAUCGACCAUUUGCAUCACCAGCAUAUCGGUAUUCAUAAGAGCAAGUACAUGUGCGAAUGGACUGGAUGCAUUCGAAAAGGAAAGCCGCAGACUUCGAGGUUUGCGCUACUAAGUCAUUUGAGAAGUCAUACUGGUGAAAAGCCUUUUACUUGUCCUCGACCAGAAUGCGAUAAGAGCUUCACUAGAUCCGAUGCGCUCAGCAAACACAUGCGAGUUCAACACAACAUCAUCACCGCUGGCUCACGCAAAGCAGCCGCCUCUUCCGCCGCAGCACAAGAAGAAACCCCGGAAAACACCUCCAUCCUCACAGGCGAAGGGGCUGAUUCUGCUUCUCCUGCCAAACCAGCUGGUGUUGGCGCAGCAACUGGCGAUUCUCUCGGCGAUGAACUACUCGAGCUUGCUGAAGGAGAAGAAGGCUUCCCUCUCACCAAAGGUGCAUCUGGCGAAUCUAACCUUAACACAAUGACGGCCGAAGAACUCGGCAUUCAAGACCGCUUACACCCGGAUAAGGAUACAGAACAAGCGAGACGUACCGAAGCUGUACUAGGACGCGCAUUACGAACCUGGGCGAAAGAUAUGCGUGAACGCCAACGCAACAGGAAGCUCCGCGAACCUCCUAUCCGACCUCCUAACGGCCUUGCGGUGGAUGCGGAUGAUUCGCUCAACGGCACAGCAUCCACUAGUACUGCUGGAGUCAAAAGAGCUAGACCGACCGACUACGAUAGUGACUCGGGAGAUUCAAUGCCUGACCUAUCCGAAUUGAGACGAUCGAGACGUAGCCUCCGCGCCUCUUCUUCCACUGCCGCCGUUAACGGUAGCUCUCGACGUCGAUCUUCUCGUUUCGCCAGUGACGAUGCUCCGCAAGACUCCACGUCAGUCGCCACCCCAGGGGGCAAUUCGAUGGAAGCAGCACAGAACGCAAUCCGUACAGCUCGGAACCGAUAUCUGGUGGAAAAAGCCAAACUUGAAUUCAUCCGCUCCGAAAACUCUCGACUCUGGCAACAUCUACAGACUCUCGACGCGGAACAGAAAAGAGUUGCAAAAGAAUGUACAUCGGCGUUGGAACAAGCUUUGCUUUUCGAAUUGGGUCCCGAUGUAGAUGCAAUUUUUAGCCCACCUACUUCACCAACUCUGCCAUCAAGCGGAGUGGGGGAAAAAGAGGCCUUGAGACAGGAGGUCGAGGAAGAGCAAAUCGCUGCCAGAGGCACAUUCAUUGAUGAUGAGCUUAACAUCAAGGCUGUUGCUGCGACUUAG